AUGGCAAGUAAUCUAAAUGGAACUUCUAAAACCGUGUAUAUGAUUGGUUUGUCAAAAAUUGAACGUGUGAAGUUUAAACAAUUUUAUAAUGAUGAAACAAGCAUAUAUAAAUCAUACAAAGAUACCAAUCAAUCUUCAGUUAAUGACAUCUCUACUAAAACAGAAAAUUCUAAUGAUGUAUCUUCAGAGGUGAUUUCUCGAAGUGAAAAUGCUCCGGUAUCUGAUAUACCUGAAAACAUUUCAAAUUCUGAUAUAUCUAGUAAUACCACAAAUUCUGAUAUAUAUCAGGAGUCUUCAUCUCAACUGAAAGUUAGUUCAUACAAAUAUUCUGCAUCACUUAUUUGCACAGAGAUUAAAUCAUCAGAAGACAAGGAAAUAGAUGAAUUCCUAGGUUCAACAUAUAAAGAACAGGUUAGUAAUAAGAUAAUCCAGAGCAUUAAAGAGAAAAAACUUCGAGAUCAAGUGUUACUCUCAACUCAUAAUAAUACUCCUAAUAUUUUGUGUGAGAAAGGUUUAAUACAAGAACAAUGCCAAGAAAUUUCUAUUACUAAAAAUCACGAAAAAUCUUCUAAUCAAAUUUCUGAUAUGUCUAGUAAUAAAAUCUCAGAACAACAUAUUGAACUUAUUGAUUUCUCUGAUAAACCAUUAACAAAUCUAAUUAUAGAACAAAAAUUACAGCAACAGAUUGCCAUGUCGACUGGAGGUAAUAAUUCAGCUAUGGUAGUUGAAAACUCAAUGCAAGAUAUUAACAUUUCUAUCAAUGAUUUGUCUCUAGUUUCAGCACUGACCAUACUUCUACCAGACAUAACAGAUGUGAAUUUACGAUAUAAAAUUCUCAAAGCUAGAAAAAUUAGAACACUUUUCAGUGUGGUAGGAAUAGAAAAAAUUAGACAAGUUUCAUAUAGUGCAAAUGUAAUUUCUAGCCUCAGUUAUACACAAAUCCAAAACAUCAUAAAUUAUGUUAACAAACGGACUUCUAACUCAAAUAUUCCACUAAUCAAGAAAACCUUGGAGGAAGAUAUUAUAACUGAGAAUAGCAAAUCAUUGCUGGAGACUGAGGUGGGUAUACCUAUCGAAUCUCACAUUUCCCCAAAAAACUACUCCGAAAUCAAAGUGAGUGUAUUAUUUAAUCCAACUCAUGAUCGUGUUUAUUUUCGUAAUAAAAUAUUAGGUUAA